AUGAGUAAAGAAAAUUCUCCAAGUUUAAAUGAAUCUCAACAGGAUUCAGAAAAUCAAGUUGAAAAAAGUUCCAUUCUUGAAUUAACAGAAGCUGAAAAAGAUGCUAAAUGUAGUCAACUUGCUGAAGAAUUAAAUAUUAAUGAAAGAAAAUUACAAUGGAAAAUCGAUCUUUGUGUCGUCCCACCAUUCUGUUUAUUAUAUUUCUUAUCCUUCUUGGAUAGAGUUAAUAUUGGUAAUGCCAAAGUUUAUAGUCUUGUAACUGAUCUUGGAUUAACUGGUGAUCAAUAUAAUGUUGCUUUGACUAUUUUUUAUGUUCCAUACAUUUUCUUUGAAUUAUUUGCUAAUUAUUUGAUUAAAAUUGUUGGUCCUCAUGUCUUAUUAUCAAUUUGUAUUGUAUCCUUUGGUGCUAUUUCAAUUGGUAUGGGUUUUGUUAAUACUUACGGUCAAUUAUUGGCUUGUAGAUUUUUGAUUGGUAUGACUGAAGCUGGUACUUUCCCUGCUAUCUUUUAUAUCUUAUCGACUUAUUAUACUGGUAAACAAGCACAAAAGAGAUUUUCCAUCUUUUUUUCAUCAACUUGUUUAGCUGGUGGUGCUUCCGGUGCUAUUGCUUAUAAAAUUGCUGAUUUAGAUGGUGCUCAUGGAUUAUCUUCAUGGAGAUAUAUUUUCAUCAUUGAAGGUGCUGCCACCGUUGGUUUAGGUUUCAUCCUUUUCUUCAUCAUUCCAAAUUUCCCUGAAAAAUCCAAAUUUUUAAAUGCUGCCGAAAGACAAUUCUUGAAAUUCAAAUUAGAAACUUUCUCUGGUGCUAAAUCUGGUUAUGAAGAAAAAGUUCCUGUUAAAACUUUCUUGAAAGGUUUAAAGGAUUACCUUAUCUGGUUACCAGCUUUAACUUACUUUGGUUUUAUUAUUCCAAGUUAUGGUUACGCUUAUUUCGCUCCUACUAUUAUUCAAACCAUGGGUUAUACUGGUGAAAGGGCUAAUCAACUUUCUGUUGCUCCUUGGUGUGCAGCUUUCGUUAUUUCAGUUUCUUUAGCUGUUUUAUCUGAUCAUUACAGAAGAAGAUUCCCAUUCGUCAUUUUCUGUUUACUCUUGGCUAUUGUUGGUUUAGCUAUGAUUUUAGGUUCAACAAAUUCAAGUGUCAGAUUUGGAGGUUGUUUCUUAACUGCUUCAGGUUUAUAUUCUGGUAUGCCAUUAUUAGUUUGUUGGAAUUCUAUAAAUUUUGCUGGUCAUGCUAGAAAAUCCUUAGGUACUUCUGUCCAAAUUGGUUUUGGUAACAUUGGUGGUAUUAUUUCCACCUUCAUCUUCCUUUCAAAAGAUGCUCCAAUUUUCAGACCUGGUUUAUCUGUUUGUAUAGCAUCAUGUUGUUUUGCUAUUCUUAUGGCUUUUACUUACUUAUUUGCCAUUGUAAGAUUAAAUAAGAUCAAAAAGACCGAUAAUUUCAUAAAUGAAUUCAAUCAAUUAUCCGAAUUGGAACAAUUAUUCGAAGGUGAUUUGAAUCCUAAAUUUAAAUAUUUGUAUUAG